ACUUACGUUCAUCCCUGUGCUUUCCCGUCAUGGGAGGUUUGUCUGUCCUGGCCAUUAGAUGAUUUCAGAAGCCACCAGGUCACAGGCUCAUUUGGAAGAUCCCAGCAGCUAAAAGGAGACCAGCAGGAGGAACUGUAAAUCUGAGAGUUCAAUUGUAUUCCUUGACUGGGGCAGGACUUUCUAUAGGAGAUAUUCUUCUGACAGAAUCUGUAAGUCUUACUGUGUGUCAUCAUCAGAGAAGGUCCUUGCCAAGAGGGGCUUUCUCUUUCGCUUUCUGGAGGCUGUGUUUGUUAAUCACUUGGAUGCACAGCUGGUCACCGUGUCCACACAGCUAAGAACUGUGCAGUCCCAUCUGAACUCAGCCUGUUGAGAUUCCAGCCUAGCCACCUGAAGAGCCUUAAGGAAAACCUGUCAGAAAGCCUUGUGCACAGACCCAGAACAUCCUCAUGGCGUUACCAGUGUUGUUAAGCAUCGCGGACAACAUAACUACCAUCAUCACUGACGAAGUGGGCAGAGAUGAUCUGAAGCUCUUGAUAACUGAUGAUGGAGUCUGGAAGGCGUUUGUGGCAAAAGCAGCGUUGUCAAGCACAGAGGAAGCUGCCCUGCGUGAUGCACUGAAGAAGCAUUUAGCCCAGGAGCCCGCAGAUAAAAAUGAUGAAACAGAAAAGAGGCAGCGGAAAAAAAUUUUUCUGAAAGAAUUUCCUGAGUUGAAAAGGAAACUCGAAGAACACAUCAGGAAGCUCCGAGCUCUGGCUGACCAUCUUGACCAGGUGCACAAGGGCUGCACCAUCUCCAAUGUGGUGUCUGGGUCCACCGGGAUCGCCGCCACAAUCACUGGAUUACUUCUGGCACCGUUCACAGGAGGGGCCUCUCUGAUUAUUGCAGCAGCAGGUCUAGGAGCAGCAUCAGCGGCAACUGGUGUCACCACUACCAUUGUGGAAGAAUCCAUCAGAGGGGCAGAUGAAAGUGAAGCCAGGCGCCUGAUUGGAGCCAGCAUGGACAUAAUGGAAAGAAUUGGGAAGAUCACGCCUUUGAUCAUAUUCAAUGUUAGUAGUUCAGGUGUGGAGUUAUUCGGUGCCUGGAAAACCCUCAGGGAUCAUAUUCAAGCCAUCAGGACAGGCAGAAUCAGGAACGUCACAACGUUUAGAGAAGGUAUUAGGCAGUUGAGGAAUCUCAUCUCACACGAUAUUCCCCUAGGAACCAGACUAGCCAGGAUUGGAAAAGGAGUCGGUAAUGUUUCGCUGUUUGGAUUUGAUGUGUAUAACCUUGUGACUGACUCCAUAGAUUUACACAAUGGGGCAAAGACAGAGUCGGCAGGAGCGCUACGGGAGCUGGCUAACAAUCUAGAAGAGAAGUUGUGUGAAUUUGAGCAGCACCACAAGGAUCUACAGUCAGUCCAGCCUCAGUGACCCCUCCACCAAGCAGUUAAGAGUUCAGGGGAAAUGACAUGUACAGGGGUGGGGACAAGGGGGGGGGGAACAUAUCGUUACAAGGGAAAUAACACAUGAUCAAGUCUAUGGAACUGAGGGUUGAGUGGUUUCUAUUUCUUGCUGAGCAGAGCAAAGUCAACAUAGAUAGCCAGUGCUUUAAGAAGGCGGGAACUGGAGACUAAAAUAAGGGGCCAGGAUGCCUAGAGAAUGGGACUAGGACUGCAAUACGGAGGGUCUGAUAUGGAGAGCAGAACAGGAACAAGCCAUGAGAACCUAGGAAACCUGGAUGGCUGAAGAUGGGAGAAAGCCAGAGUGGGCGCUGAAGCCAGAGCAGGGGACCACAUCCCGUUCCCUGAGGGCAAGGUCCCUAUGACCGCUAGGUGAUUCUUCCCAGCAUCAGCAGGAUCAACUCACCCUUGUGUCUUCUAGGAAGUAAUGUCUGGAUAGUGAUAGUUAUGGUGAUGAUGAUGGGGAUGAAGAUGAUGUUGAGGAUGGUGGCGGUGACAACAGAAAAGAUGGGGUUCUUGAGAAGUAGUCAACCCUCCAAGGGGGACAGGGUCACCAGAGAGACCAAUGACAUCAAAGUGAAUGUCUAUGCUGUGAUGUGUCAUUAUUGGGUCUUUGGAGAUAGAGAGUCAAGGCAGAUGUACAUCAGAUGUCAAAGUAUUGUUUGGGGUCAACAUGUUUGUGACAAGAGACUCAGUCUGUGACCCUCAGCUCUCUCUGAUACUGUGGGGAGGGUGAUGACCAAGAUAGUGUCUAGAUAACCUGGAUUUUGUCCUCUUGUCUUCUAUAAUUUGUGUUCAAUAAAUAUUAACUGUGGUCUAGAAAAUGGA